UGGAGGGUUUGCAUCGCGAACAUGAUAGAAACAGGGAAGGUAAGGAGACAAGAGGCGAGGGCGAUGGAGAUGAAGAAGGGACCGAGCGGGGGAGGCGAGCUGGCAAGUCAGAAGAACGCCGAGAAGAAGCGGAAGGCGAACGAUAGAGUGCGCCAAAUCUCCAGUAGGGAAAAGCAGAAGCUGACAGUCUGGUCGUGGAACGUGUGCGGGUUCGCAAGGAGUGAGCGGAAGGCAAGAAAUGGCUUAGACCCGAAGAACAGGGGGGAGGGGGGAGUCGGAUUCCUGGUCAAGGAACACUUGUUUGAUGGGGUGGAAGUAGUGGUGGAAACGGAGUUCGAGGAAAGCCUGUGGCUUAAGAUAUCUGCGGAGCGUGGUGAGAAAGAUUUGUUUCUAGGGAACGUAUACGUCCCACCGUCGUCGAAGAAAGUCGCAAGCAAGGCGCAGGAGAACUUUGGACAAAUUGGGGAAGAUGUCCAGAGGUUCAGUAGGAAGGGAGAAGUUGUCAUGGUGGGCGAUUUCAACUCCAGAGUAGGGAAAGCUUCCAGUAGAGGACAGGCGAUCGGGCAGCACGGAGAAGACAAAGUGAAUGACAACGGAGUGAGGAUGCUUGAAUUCUUGGGAAGCAACGAGCUGAUGGUGUUAAACGGUAGGACCGAAUGCGAUAAGCCGGAGUUCACCAGGGGAGCACACAGAUCCCAGAGCUCCACGAAACUGCUGAGAAGCGUCGAAGACGAACAGGUAGACGUACAGACAGCAGGGGACAGGGUGAUUGAAGGGUGGGAGUCCAUCGUGAACGCAACGGCAGAGAGAGUAGUGGGAAGGAAGGUGGUACGAUGUGGGGUAUCGGUUAAGUGGUGGGAUGACGAGCUGAAGCAAGGAACAGGGGAACGUAGAGAAGUCUUCAAGCAGUACCCGAGUGAGGGGUCUGAGGAUUGUUGGGAAAAGUACAGGGCCAAGAGAAAACAGGUGAAUGGACCAGACUAGUGAAAAAGAAGAAAAAGUGCAUUUGGGACGAAGAAGUGCAGAAGGCCAACGAGGCCUGGAGGGGAACGUCAAGCAGAUGUGGGAAGGGAUUAGUGGAAUGAUAAAAAAGACCGCGCAAGGGGGGUAUACAGGGGUAGCAACUUUGCGAGGUGUGAACCGUGGACUAGUCAGCAGUGGGAAGGGAAAGGGGAAGUUCUAGCAGGGCACUACGAGAGACUUGAAGUGCCCUCGGAGAAUGAAGCUUUUGACCAAAUGUAUAAGAAGGAGGUGGACACAUGGGCCCAGAAAGAAGAGACAUCGAAGGCAGACGUUGGGAACCUUGAACUAGAAAAGGAGUUCACUGAGGAUAAGGCUAAGGCGUGUGUGAACAAGCUGCAGUGCCACAAAGCAGCAGGAGGAGCGAAUGGGAUAGGGAACGAGUUCAUGAAGUUUGGGGGGAAGGGGAUGAUCCAGCUGAUGGUACUGCUGUACAAUUGGGUGUGGAAAAACGAGUAUGUGUCAAGUAGAUGGAGGGAAGGAGUCGUUGUGAGCUUGUUCAAGAAAAGAGACAAGACUGACCCUGGAAACUUCUGGUGACGACAGUAGGAGAAGUGUUCUG